AUGGUUAUUGCAUUGACAGAUGCAGCUGCCACUAGACAUGUACGCAAGUCGGUGGUUCAAUUCCAAGAGAGCAAGAUAAAGAACUUUGGAAAGGUGUCCAAAAGAGUCCACGAGGUCUACGAUCAGGAUGCCAAACUAUGGGUAUUCUUCAACACCAAACGUUUCGUCGACGAUGGCCAUGCCCACGCCAACAUUGAUCUCACCAAGGCACUCCAUGAACUGACUGACCUGCUCGGUGUGUCUUCAUCAUCCAUCCAAAGACGUCAAGCUCGUGGAAUGGAUAAAUCAAAGAUUAUGGAUGAGACCGAUGUGCCAGUUCAGGAGUCGUUGGUCAAUGCCGUACUAGAGUGUGGCCAUAAGAAGAAUGAGCAGGGCGAGACUGUCCAGGAACUGGUCACCCUGUAUCACAAGUCAAAGUGGCUCAACUCGAUAUCAAUCUCUAUCAAGAUGGACAGCCAGGCGAGCAACGAUGCCAACGAGGCAACACUAAACGAUGUCAUGCACUGUAUCACUGCACUUAAGUUUGUCGACAAGGUGGACAUGGUCGCCAAGUUCUACAGGCCACUCGAUGCUGCCACUGCACCAGCUGUUCAGCACAAGUUUGUUCAAGAGCUGGGCGACGUUGAGUCAGAGUACGCAACAAGGGAUAUCCAAGCAGUCGAUGUACCAGGCCCUAGCAAGUUCGCCAGCGAGAAGGACUUUUACAGCCGCACAUACAAUGCCAGUCUCCAAGUAAACGUGCCCAAGACCCACGAGCUGGGUAUGGACGGCAGUGGCAUCACCAUCCUCAUCUGUGACUCGGGAUUCUUGACCUCCCACGAGGCAUUCAAAUCACUCAAGAUCGUGGAUACCUAUGACUUUAUCAACAAUGGACCAAACGUCACAUCGCCCUGGAAUGACAGACAGAAUGAGCAUGGAACGGCAACACUCUCCACCAUCGCCGGAUACAACCCUCACAUCAUGGUUGGUCCAGCUUACAAUGCGCAGUACCUGUUGGCCAAGACAGAGGAUGUCACCGAUGAGAAGAUAGUGGAGGAGGAUAACUGGGUCAGAGCCAUUGAAUGGGGCGAGGGACUGGGCGCCGAGCUUGUGUCCAGCUCGCUUGGCUACACUCUCUGGUACCACUAUGUGGACAUGACUUCCGAGAUUGCCCACAUUACUCGCGCUGCAGACAUGGCCGUGUCCAAGGGUGUGGUCGUCGUGUCUAGUGUAGGCAACGAUGCCGAAGCUGGUCCAGGUGCCCCUGCCGAUGGAAAGUACGUCAUCUCAGUCGGCGCCGUCGACCUAAAUGGAGUUGGAACAUCUUUCACCUCAAGAGGACCAGCUGCCGACGGUCGUGUCAAGCCUGAGAUCUCUGCACUUGGCUACAAGAACUUUGUUGCCUCAUUCACAUGCAACACCUGUUAUACACUGAUGAGUGGAACCAGUUUCUCGUGUCCACUGGCUGCCGGAUCGAUCGCACUCGUCAUGCAACGCAACCCAACAUGGACUCCCAAGCAAGUGUACCGCGCUGUUGUUGCCACUGCCUCCCAGAGGAACACACCCAACAAGAUACUCGGCUAUGGAAUCCUGAACACAUUCGAGGCGUCCAGGUACGUCCAAGACGCCACUGGCAAUGAGGACUGUCGUAUCUGUGGCUGUCUUGGUGGUGGAAAGUGUGGCUCCAAUGGUGCAUGCACUUGCCCAGCUGGAAAGUACGGUAAUCGUUGCGAGUACAACCUUGUCAGCUGUGGAAAUGAGUGUAUUGCCCGCGGUGGCUCUUGCUCCAACCCAUCCAACAUAUACACCUGUGUAUCUCCCAAUGCCUUGCUUUCAAAUAUCUCAAAGACAGUGGUUCACCAUGUCCGAAAGAAUGUUGGCAGCACUAUACAUAAUGUGGUCGGCAAUAACAACAAUAAUGGUAGUGUCAAGAACACAUCGGGUAUCAUUGUUGCAGCACUUCUUGGAACGAUCACCACAUUCACCAUCAUUGGCGCCGUCGUCUUCCUGUGGAGGAGAAGACAGCAAAGGUUGGUUGACGACAAAUACUUUGAGCUAUCCACAAUGAACUUUAUCGAGGAGGAACCAACCGGUUUGGAAGAAGAGUUCUAA